GGGAAAUGAAACAUUAGUUAGCUACAAGACAAACUAAACCUACAAAAUGAUGAAGUUCAUGUGCCUUAUCGUCUGCACCAUUGCCGCUGUUUCGGCUUCAUCCUAUGGUCGUCAACAGUCCUACAGCGCACCCGUCGGUGGUUAUGCUUAUCAGGUGCAGCCUGCCCUGACUGUGAAGGCUAUUGUGCCCGCUGGUGGCUAUGGAGGCUAUGGCAACAACGGUGGUUAUGGCGGCAACAACUACGGCCGCAGCGUUGAGGUGCCCGUCUCCGCUAUCUACACCUCCAACUCUUAUGGUCGCGGCUAUGGAGCUGCUCCAGUUGAUCGUCAGGCUAUGGGUCUGGCCAAGCUGUCGCUGUAUGCCCCCAAUGCUGGCGCUCCUCUGGUCUGGAAGGAGCCCCGUCAGUAUGUUGAGCGCUCCUAUGCACCUCAGCAGAGCUACAACCAACAGCGCAGCUAUGGCGUCAACGAGCAGGCUCAGGGUGCCAAUGCUGCUGCUGCCUCCAGCUCCGUGUCCGGCCAGUCCGGCUACGGCAAGUCUGGCUACGGCAAGUCCGGCUAUUAA